AUUUUCAGAUUUGGAAAAGAUGACAUUUUACACCUUUGUGAGGCUCUAGAACUACCCGAGUUCUACACUGGUCAUCAGGGCUCUGUCUUUACUGGGAUUGAGGCCUUGAUGGUUAUGCUACGAAGACUCGCAUAUCCUAAUAGAUUGUGUGAUCUGGUUGACAUCUUUGGCAGGGCUGAGCCUGAACUUAGCAUUGUUUUUUAACAUGGUAACUCUUAGGCAUGUAAAUUGUCAUGUAUUUAUGUCCCACAAGCUUAUAUCUUUUACCCUUAUUGUGUAUAAAGGUUGUAUACAUGCAUGUAUGUAUUUUACAAGAAUACCGCAUAAAUUAUUAACUUUGACAGUGUUCCUUAUUCAAAAUAUAACUCUGUUGUAGAUUGUAGAUGACAUCUACACCCGCUUUAAUCAUCUACUGAGUUCCUUGGACCUAACGUGGCUAGAUCCAGCACAUUUUGCUCAAGUCAUACAUCAGAAAGGAGCUCCACUGGACCAGUGCUGGGGGUUUAUAGAUGGGACUGCCCAACAGAUUGCUCGACCUUUGCGUAAUCAGCAGAUCAUGUUCAGUGGGCAUAAAAGAAUCCACUGCAUAAAAUUCCAGGUGUGGCAUUGCAUUGUUCACUGAGAAUAAAGAUGACUUUUUAGCCAGUUGGACACACUGUAUGGUUAGCUCCCCAAAUGUGUUGGAAAACAACAUGUCAAUUUCGAUUUCCAAUCUGUUUCUGUAUUCCUAAUAGGGACAAUAAAUUGUUGUCAUUUUCACUUACUAGUUCAACAGAGCUGAGGAUAGCAGCACUUAAUUCUUAAAUUGAUAGCCUUAUUUUGUUGAUCCCCUUAGGGUGAUACAAAAUGCAUGUUUCUUUUGGUACAUGUUGUGGUUCAAUUUUUAUUUUCUUUUGUUUCAAACUCAUUAUCAUAUCAUUAUCAUACAUUACAACGCCAAAAAACAAAGGAAAAUAAAAAUUGAACCAAAUAAAAAUGUUACAGCGGUUUUCAGAAACAUGCGAACUCUGCUCAAGUCAACGGUUUCUAGAAGUACGUUUUUCGCUGCUGUCAAUCAUAAUUAUGGCGACAGUUAAUGGACCUCGAAAAACAGAAGCAAACAGAAUGGAUCGAAAUCCACCAAUCACAAGUAGGAAAUGUGGCCUUUUGACCCUGAACAAGUGAACUGCUGUUUCCUGAGAGGUCUGCUAAGAUGAUUGACAGCAGCUAAAAACAAACUUCGCGGUAACUGUUUACUUGUGCAGAGUUCGUGUGUUUCUGAAAAGCGCAAUAAAUUAGUUAUCUGGUAAUGUGUUUUGCUUUUGUGAAAUUUCAAAGUAUAUGGCUGGAGAGCACUCUAGUUUAGACUGUUCACAGUCCCCAUAUUUUUCCGUGGGAUUCUCGAGAAUCCCAAGGAAAAAUAGGGGGACUGUGAACAGUCUAACUCUAGUUAUAAAAACCUUAUUUCCAUUCUCUGUUUUUAUUUUUUAUUCUAGUCAGUAAUGGCUCCUAAUGGGUUGAUUGCCCACCUGUAUGGACCACUAGAGGGAAAGCGACACGAUGCCUUUAUGUUAGGUGUUAGUGGCCUACUACCACAGCUUGAAAGAAUAACUAAACCUGAUGGUGAACCAUAUGUGGUCUAUGGAGACCCAGCAUAUGGAAUAUCACGCCAUAUCAUAGCUCCAUUUCGAGGUGCACAUCUGACUCCACUCCAGCAACAAUUCAACAGCGACAUGAGUAAAGUUCGUGCAAGUGUAGAAUGGGGAUUUGGUAAAAUUUCCCAAUAUUUUGCAUACUUGGAUUUUCACAAAAAUCUGAAAGUCCUUCUACAGCCUGUGCGAAAGUAUUAUGCAGUUGGAGCACUUUUGGCGAACUGCCACACAUGCCUCUAUGGUUCUGUGACAAGUUCUUUUUUUGAGUUGGAGCCUCCAUCCCUUGAAGUAUACCUAUCCAACAACUAG